CUCCCUUGGCUUUAAUUUCUUUAAGGUGUGAAAUGGUGCGAUUAUGGUCGAUCGCGAAAGUUUCGAACUUCGGGAGACAACGAUGGUUCACGAGCAGUGUCGGCGGCCAGAGAACUACUAAAGUGAUGAGCUUCGGCGACGGAAGCCACGGCGCUCUAGGACUACCAGGCAUGGGAAUAAUGGGAACCGACGCUUACGAGCCAACUCAAGUCUCCGAUCUACCUCCCGACGUCUCGUUCAUCUCCGCCGGACACUACCACUCCCUCGCAGUCACCUCCGGCGGCGAGGUUUGGGCUUGGGGCCGCAACGAGGAAGGCCAGCUCGGUCGAAUCGGUAGGGAUUCGAAUUCGAGGAGCGUGGCGAAGAGAGUGGAAGGAGGAGGCCUGGAGAACGUGAGGGUCCGAUCAGCGUUUGCGUCUGGAGUGGUUUCGACUGCGGUUGGAGACGACGGGUCUUUGUGGGUUUGGGGGAGAUCGAAAAGAGGACAGCUUGGGAUCGGGGAAGGCGUGGUUGAAGCGUUGGUUCCUUCAAAGGUUGAAGCUUUAGGUCGAGAACACAUCGUUAAGGUGUCGUUAGGUUGGGGGCACGGGCUUGCUCUUAGUGUUGAUGGUAAGGUUUUUGGGUGGGGUUAUGUAGCUGAUGGGAGAGUAGGGAAUGUUGGACUUCCGCUUGAGGCGUCUCCUCUUGAUUCAGUUGCAAAUGGGUAUGGUGGUGAUGAUGAUCAGCAGAAUGCAGCUGAGAAGAAAGUUGCGGAAGCUAUGAGGAAGGAGAACAACAUGCCUAUAGCUUGGGAGCCUCGUCUGGUGGAAGAGUUGCGUGGUGUGAAGGUGGACGAUAUUGCUUGCGGGUCUGAUCACUCUUUAGUGCUUUGUCGUGAUGGGACUCUUUUGAGCUCUGGGAGCAAUGUGUAUGGUCAGUUGGGACGUAGGUGUAGUAAGCAAGACCUAGGAAUGUCACCUGUUGAUAUAACCGGGUCUCCGGUUUCAAUAGCAGCUGGUCUUGGUCAUUCUCUAGCGAUCUGCAAUGUUGAAUCAGAUUCCAAUGCGAGGAGGGUUGUUGUCUCAUCAUGGGGUUGGAACUGUAGCCAGCAGCUUGGCAGGGGUAAGCCAGAAGAGGUGCCGAGAGAAGUGGAGGGUUUGGAUGGGGAAUCUCCAGCUUCGGUAUCAGCAGGGCGUGUGCAUUCCUUGUGUGUAACAGAGAAAGGAGAAGCUUGGGUUUGGGGAUGCGGAAAGAGCGGUAGGCUUGGUUUAGGAAGCUCGGUUGAUGAACCUGAACCCAUGUUGCUGGAAGACAUCGAGGGUUGUGUUCUUCAAGCAGUUGCUGGAUUUGAUCACAGCCUCAUCUCAGUGUCUGAUUGUCUUGAUUAAUUUUUUAUGAAUAAAGGUAAACUUCCACUACUACUGGAGAUCUUGUUUGUUAUCAUUUUUUGUAAGAGCAUAGAAAUAAACCAAAAACCUGUUCACCAA